AUGACAAAAUUCGAACAUCUUCCAAAUGAACUUAUACUUACAAUAUUUACAUAUUGUUAUCCAGAAGAUUUAUUCAGCUCGUUAUUCAAUCUCAAUACGCGUUUAAAUUCUCUUAUUUCCACUCAAACUUUAAAGAUUUGUUUGUGUUAUAAAUCAUUGAAAUGUUUACAGGAUAUUUAUUAUAAAUCAGUAUUAUAUCGUGCUCUUGAACAAAUUCAUACUCUAGAGUUGUCUGAUGCAUAUGAACGUAUGAGUCAUUUUCUUACCGAUGAUAAUCAAAUACCACUCGAUUUUGAAAUAAGAAUAUUAAUUCUUUCUCAAGUUAAAUCAUUGAUUUUACAUGAUUCGAAACCAAACUGUCUUAAUCAAAUAUCAAAAUAUACAAAGAAUAUAGAAUAUUUAUAUGUUUCGAUGCUACCUCACAAGUCUUCUAUAAUAGAGAUUCAAGAAGUAUUUGAAUCUCUCUUUGAAAAGAUAUCGCUCACAAGAUUACAUAUUGAUUUCUAUUCUACAAUUGAAUUUGGAGAUAAUACAAGUAUGAAUAUGUCAUUAACACAUGUAACGCUGAGUAGUUGUUUUAUAAGAGACUUAGCUAAACUGCUUCGUCGUAUGCCAAAUAUUCAGAAGCUUGAUAUUACAUGCGUGCAUGAUUAUAACCCAAUAGAUGAUUCCCUGUUUGAUGGACUUGCUAAUGUUAUACCACAUUUAAUUGAAUUAAAAUUAAGCGUUUUUUAUAUACCAUUUAAAGAAAUUGAAUAUUUCUUUCGACAACUACCAAAACUUAUUAAAUUAACAUUUUCAUCACUUCUAAUAGAAACCGAUUCGAAUGGAUCGAAUUGGGAACGAAUUAUUCAUGAUUAUCUACCUAAUUUACAAAAGUUCAGUUUAUUUAUUGACGAUACAGAUGCAAAUAUAGAUCUAGAUGAAAUAAUUAAUUCUUUUAACAGUUUAUUCUGGCAACGAUGGCCAAUUAUGAUUGAACAUUACUUAAGAGCAGCGAACAUACAACAUUUAAUAAAUCUCUCACCAAAACGUAUUUAUUCAAAUCUCAAAAGACUUUCAUUUUCAUUUAUAUCAACUGAUCCAAGAACGUAUGAAACCAAUAAUAUUUUAAUGGAUCUUUCACAGAUAUUUUCAACAUCUGAACUUGCUCAAAUUGAAGAAAUUUUUUUAUAUGAUCGAAUCUAUCCAACAAAUUUUGUUUCCAAUCUAUUAAAACUAUUCCCGAAUAUUAACUAUCUUAAAUUAUCAGCAUCAUCACUUGAUCUUUCUAUCACUUUGUCGUCAAUUGAUUCGUUAACAAUUAUUGUUGAUUCAUCAACCGAGUACAAUUCUACAAACAUUCUUCGUCAAAUUGCUAGUCAUUUUCCUGAUAUAUCAACGCUUCGAUUCGAAUUAACAAAUAAUAACGAUAUUCAUAUUCUGAUUUCCUACUGUUUUCGAAAACUUGCAUAUCUUACACUUAUGACUGUAGCGAUAAAUGAAUCUAGUUCUCCUGUAGAUCGACAAGGAUUUAUUUUAUGGUUCAAAGAUUAUAAGCAAUUAAAUGGAUUGUAUGACGAUGCAGAAGUGGAAUUUAACGAAGAUAAUCAUAUAUUUCAAAUCGCACUAUAA